UGGCUUUCAAUGAAAAAGGAGGAUUCCUUUUUUGAAAGAUUACAACCUUUGGAGAACCUCCCUUUUAUAAUGGAUAGAGAAAACAGAUUUGGCACCGAUGAGGUUCAAUUGUUCAAAUCGCUUGGAUUCAUACUGUAUUCUGAUGAUGAGAUUCAGUCUUUCAAGUCAAUUUUUGAAGCAAGAAGGAAAACAAAAUUAGAGUUCCCAGACACGCCAUUGGGAAGGAAGGCGGGGCAGAAACUGAAAGACAAGAAAAAGUUACAUGAAGAACACAAAUGUGUGAAAACGUCAGUCAGCAAGUUUUUAAAGCAACUGCAAAAUCAUAAUCUGGAUAAAGAUGAAUUUAUCAACAAAGAGGAGCUUGAGAACGCCAUAAAAAGCGAGGAGCUCACUGAUGUUGAUAAGAAACGUCUGUUUGGAAAGAAUGUUACCGUUGAAGAAGUGAUGGCAAAACUAGACAAAGAUGGAAAUGGAAAGAUCAGUUAUGAAGAGCUGGUUUCAUUCAUUGAAGAAACAGGGAUCUCGGUGGUUCACAGAAGAUUAGGGUUUGGUAGACAACAAGUGGAUACAUUUCUUUCUUUGCUUCAGACCCUCUACAAUACAAUGUCAUUGAAUAUUGUACGGAUAUCAGUCAGAGCUUCAGAUGUUCCACGCACAGUUGGCUUGAACUCGCAUUACAUAGGAACGCUUACAUUUGAUUAUACCAAAGAGGAUGCAGAUUUUGUCGGACAGGAAAGUUAUAAAACAACUAUAGCAUUUUUAAAGAAUUUCAUGGCAAAAAUAAUGAUGGAAAGGAAAGCCAAAGCAUGAAGAUUCAUUGGAUAAUUGAAAAAAAAAACGCUUAUGAAAAAAUGUUGAUAAAGUGAUAAUUUGUAAUAAUUGUCGACCUCUAAAAUAUGCAUUUUGAUGCUAAUAAAAUGUAACACACAUUU